AUGCUCCGGCCAUGGCUUCAUCUCUGCGUCUGCCUCCAGGUCCUAGGUUUCUGUACAAAUCUCCAUUUAUCCCACGCUCCAGAGCGUAUCUCAGCCCAGCCUAACAACAAAACAGAAAUCCUCUGUAAGCUGAAGAAGGAGCAUGCCGGGGUGUACUGGUACCGCUGGAGCCAGGAGAAGCAAAGUUUUGAGUUUUUGGUAUUUUCCAACCCGUUAGGCAAAGCCACGUAUGGCACAAACAUCAGCCAGGCCAAGUUCAGUGUCCAUGGGGCGAGUUCCCAUGCGUCCUACAGCCUGCACAUCAGGGACCUCCAGGCCUCAGACAAUGGCAUCUAUUACUGCUCUGUCUCCCAGUCCUCCCAGUUCCUGCUGGGCAGUGGGACGUGGCUCAGUGUGGCUGAUGUUCUGCCUUUGCCUCUGAAGACCACUGAGACAUCACUCUCCAAAAAAAAAACCACACGGUGCAUAACCAAAAGCAACGCUGCUGACAAGGAAGGUGCCUGCAGCCCCCUGGUUUGGGUCCCACUGGCCACUGGUGCCCUCGUCCUCCUGCUGAGUCUGGUCCCCAUCGCCCACCGCUUCCACC